UUUUUUGUUUUUUUUGCUUUUGCUUUUCAAUCCCCUUUCCCCUUCUGUCUUUAGGAUUAUAAUCCUGACCUUAUUCCUGUGAUGGAGGACACCGGGAUGCACAGAGGGAUAUGGGAUGGAGACGCCAAAGCGGUCCAGCAGUGUCUGACGGACAUUUUCACCAGCGUUUACACCACUUGUGACAUCCCGGAAAACGCCAUCUUCGGCCCUUGCGUGCUCAGCCAUACCUCGCUCUACGACAGCAUCGCUUUCGUCGCGCUCAAGUCCACCGACAAGAGGACCGUGCCCUAUAUAUUCAGGGUAGACACCUCGGCAGCCAACGGCUCCUCGGAAGGCUUAAUGUGGCUGCGGCUGGUCCAGUCUGCCAGAGACAAAGAGGAGCAAAACCUCGAAGCCUACAUAAAAAAUGGACAAUUGUUUUACCGCUCGCUCCGACGGAUUGCCAAAGACGAGGAAUUAUUGGUUUGGUACGGGAAGGAGCUGACCGAAUUACUUCUGCUGAGCACCGCCAGGACGCACAGCAAAAUGAAUGAGUCGCCCCCUUAUACUUGCAUCGAGUGCAGCCAGCGCUUCCAGUUCGAGUACCCGUACGUGGCGCACCUGCGCUUCCGCUGCCCCAAGCGACUGCACGGCGCAGACAGCAGCCCGGCCGACGACUCCAGCACCAAGGACAGCAACACCAAGGAGCAGGAGGGCGCCCUGGGGCCGGGAGCCACCAAGUUCCACGGCAAGCCCACCGGGGGCGCCACGCCUCAGCACCCCCCGCCCCAGCACCAUCGCCACCACUACCACGGCGCUCAGGACAGCAACGGCAACGCGGGCGUGACCAAGCCUUCCACGGACUUCCACAACUUGGCGCGCGAGCUGGAGAACUCGCGGCACAACAGCAGCUCCCCCAGCAGCCGGGAGCAGCUGGAGGGCAGCCCGGACGCCAGCAGCCACGGCAGCAGAGCCAAGAGGAAAUACCCGGCCGGGGAGCAGCUGGCGGAGGAGAGAGGAGCAGCGGUGGCAGCGGCUAGGGGGCGCUUGGAGAGGCCUGUGCCUUCUUCGCCGAAGGAGGAGCUCGUGUGCACCCCGCAGCAGCAAUACCGGCCGGCGGGGAGCUAUUUCGGCCUGGAGGAGAGCAGCCGUCUGUUCGGCCCGCCCAGCCCGGAGACUGGAGAAGCCAAGCGGAGCGCCUUUGUGGAAGUGAAGAAGGCCUCCCGAGGGCUGGAAGCAGGCGACGAGGAGAAAGAGCGAGGCUCCCCGGGCAGCGCGCAAGCGGGCGGCGCGGCGGACAAGGCGCCCGGGCACCUGCUGGGCGCGCGCUCCGGAGGCAGCGCCUUCUCCACAGUGCCCUCCUCUCAGCCUUCCGGCGUGGGCAGCCCGGAAGAGAGGAAGAGCGCGUUCUCUCAGCCCGCGAGAUCCACUUUCUCCACUUCGUCUGCCUCUUCGUCAGCCCACGUUACGCAGCUCGUGCUGGGCCAGAAGCUGAGCGCGCUGGUGGAGGCCGGCUGCCACGCGGGCGCGGAAGGAGGCGCGCGCCUUUACGCGCCGGACCCGCUGGCGGUCAAGCUACAGGGCACGCCCGGGGAACUGAACGGCGUUGGCGGAGGAGGAGCAGGAGCAGGAGGAGCAGCCGGGGCUGGAGGAGCAGGAGGAGUUGGGGUCACGGCGGGAGGGGGCGGGCUGCCCAAGCAAAGCCCCUUCCUCUACGCCACCACCUUUUGGCCCAAGAGCUCGGCGGCGGCCGUGGCAGCGGCGGCGGCUGCAGCGGGUCCCCUCCAGCUGCAGCUGCCCUCGGCCCUAACGCUGCUGCCGCCGUCCUUCACUUCGCUGUGCCUGCCGGCGCAGAACUGGUGCGCCAAGUGCAACGCCUCCUUCCGCAUGACCUCCGACUUGGUUUACCACAUGCGCUCCCACCACAAAAAGGAGUACGCGCUCGAGCCGCUGGUCAAGAGGCGGCGCGAGGAGAAGCUGAAGUGCCCCAUAUGCAACGAGUCCUUCCGGGAGCGGCACCACCUCUCCAGGCACAUGACUUCGCACAACUGAGGCUGGCCAGGCUGCGCGCGCGAAACCCCAAGCGCAGCGCAACUUUCAGGGCCUCCUGCCCAACCCACUGCCACCCCUCUUCCUCCUCCUCCAAGGAAUUCUGGGAAUUGUAGGUUCUGGGAAAUCUCUCUGGUGGAGAAUUUCCCGGCACCGGGACAAACGUUCAACUUCCCAGAAUUCUUUUGGGUAUGCUGUGAAGGCGAAGCCGGUCUCAAGCUGGUCUGCAUUUGUAGUGUCCAGGUUUCCAAAGAGAGGGGGAGCGCAAUACGGCAUAUCCAUGUGCACACACACCUAUAGGCCUGCAUCCCUGGGGUGAGAGACACACUCACGGGCACUUAAAAUGCAAAGUAGCACUGCACCAUCAGGAAGGAGAGGAGCAGGGUGAUGGAGGCUACGGAUCAGGCAUCGCAGAAUAGCUCUGGAGUAGCCUCCUUGAUUCCCACCAGAGCUUCAACGGAAGGCUUUAAAAGGCCCUUAAAAUGGAAGUAACUGCAGAGUCUUUGAUUUUUUACAUGAUACCUCCAGAAUAUUCCACAAAGCAAUUCAUUCUGGCAUAGCUUCAUCAACUUCUGAUGAAUGCACUUUCACAACUUGCCUAACCCACUUUCUCUGAUUUAUUUUUUUGGAGCAGUCACAAGAUUUCAGAUAUUAUUGUCAUCAUCAUUACUGCUACUACUCUUGCUGUUUUGAGUGACUGGAUUGCAACCAGAGGCAAUAAACCAUUUUCACUGGAAUAGCUUUGACUCCAAGUUAAGCUGUUGUGGGAUGGGUCUUAAGAAUGCCAGAGCCCUAAAAUAAUCUAAUUAAUUUUGGAAUGAGACCUUCAAACCUAGGGGGACUUAGGACUAGAUGUGUGCAAUCCUAUGGAAGUCCCACUGAACUCUGGGAGCCCUUCGUAAACAUGCAUAGGAUAUGACUGUAAAGUGGAAUGGUUUUAGAGC